AAGCCAAGUUGGUUCAACCAUCACAACUUGACUUGUUGCUCAGGUGUCGUCUAGGCUUCGCGAUCGAUCAUGGACUCCGCCGAAACAGUCAAUGCUUCGGCGAAGGAGGUCGUGACGUUCAAUGUCGGUGGGACGUUGUUUCAGGUGUUGUACGAGCCGACAUUAACCCUUCACCCCAGCUCGUUGCUUUGCCAGCUCGCUCAGGAGCGCCAUGGCGACGAAACCAUUUUUGUCGAGGCAGACCCAGAACUCUUCAAGUACCUCUUGGGCUACCUUCGCCACCGGAAGAUUUUCCUCCCCCAUUGUGUCUCCAAGGCGGCUGUGCUGCGCGAGGCGGCUGCGCUCGGGCUCUCCGUCAGCCCACAUGACAUUGAACAGCAGUUCGUACCCUUCCCACCCGCAGACUCCUCAGCACAACAGCCACUGGCUGAGGGCAUCAAGUUGCUCCUAGAGCAAGCUCGGUCAUUGUAUGCGCAAGCAUUGACGGCCCAGCAGCAGCAGGUCGGCUUGCCUGAGGACGUGGCGUUCAUCUAUCUUCCGGACCUCCGCAGGCAUGAGCACUUUCUGAAACAGGACUGGGGCGACGCAGAAAGAGAUCACGCGUGGGUGGCCUGCGGCCAAUGUGGCACGUGGUAUUGGGCUGACAGGUCGCCCAAUCAGCGGAGUGGGAAGUACUUCGAGACACAGACGAAGUGCCCCCGAGGCCAUUGAGUGCAGCUUAGCAUAGCUGGGCUGUUAGCGGGCAAUUUUGGAGAUUAGUCAUUAC